CAUAAAGUUGAUAAAAUUGAUUAGAAUUGAAUUAAUUAUCAUGAAUGAAGAAGGAUAUUACGAGGAACCUAUGAAAUGGACAACAAAUUGUAGAGAUUCUGAUGCUGUUUAUGAAAACGAAAGUAGAAGCCGCGAAGAUAUUGAUCGUUUAGAACCUGAUAUUCACUUGGAAAAUUCAUGGUCCUAUUGUGGAUACCCCGAAGUAAAAAGUAAAAAACUGAUUUUUGCAUUCACCGUUUUCGUCUUUCUAUCGAUUGCGUCACUGAUUCUCAUGGUUCAAAAUAGAGCUGCAACUGAAAAUGAAUCAGAAAAAAUUAGCAAGAUUUUGAUAAGUUUCCAGAAAAACUUAACGCUACUGAAACCCACAAUGGAGAUACAACUCACUACACCCAUUACUGAAGCUACCUUAAAUGAAACUUGCAAUACUCCAUUUCGUGAUAAGUGCUUUAGAUUGCUACGUCAUUUAUCAAACAUAACAUUAUCUGAAGCAAGAGAAGGCUGUCGGAAUAUUAAUGGAAGAUUAGCGAACAUUUAUAACAUCGACCACUUCAUACAAAUUUCAUCUUUAUUGAAAGAUUUCAUACUGCCGGGAUCUCAAACUAUUACGGCAUGGACUGGGAUGACGGUGAAUUUGAAGACUAAAAGAAUGAUUCUUUCUGAUUUCAAGUUGGCACCGAUUAAUAUACCUUGGUAUCCAGGAAGACAAUUCGCAAAAAAGUUUCCGUAUCUAGGAAUGUAUAUACGUAGUUCAACAAACCUAUACGCCAGAGGAAUGUACGAUUCGAAAGCAAGCGAACGAUUUCAAACAGCUGUUUGUGAAAUAGAGAUGAAACCAUGCAGCAAGCACUGAAAGGUUCUUGAUAUUUCAAUAUCUUUCAAUAUCAAAAUUUGUAAUUUUUUCAAGUAUUACUUUUUCUUAUUAUCCCGUUUAGU